UUAAUAUUAUCAGUCAUUAUAACUUGGAAGUGUGUGUUUAUACCAUUUUGUUUUCAUUUUCAUUUGGCUGACGAUGGUCGAGGCAUUCCGUUGUCAACGUAAAUGUAGAGAUCGAGAGAGAACUGUACAUGAUCGUCCUUUGAUCACUCCUUCAUCGAAAACAUUAUUAAAACUCACCAUUGGUAAUGGACUAUUUCGCCACACCAGACUAUGGGGAACGAAAGGGAAGUCUGUCACUUCGCUCGGAUCACAUGGAUUAUUCCCGAGGUGUAUUUACUUCAAAAUGGCAUCAGGCUCGAGAGGCAGAACCCAAAGACCAUGAUCUGAAUCAUGAACCCAAACGAAACCUGCACCGUUCCACAUACAAUCGCAUGGCAACAGUCACUGAUGGGUCAUUACCAAAAACCACCUACCAAGAACACAGCAGACAGAUAGAACUAAAACCGCUGUUUGAUGAGAAAGACAACAGGAGGUCUUUGUUUAAUGUGGAAACUGUGAGAGUUACUGAUAUUGAUAGGGAUACAGGUGAUCCAAAGUAUGGCUAUGGCUCAGUGCUGCCUCAUCACCAUCCAGAUCAUUUCAAGUUCCACUCAGAGACAACAUACAAUGCUGACUACAUAGUUCAUUUUCCCUACGAGUCAGCACCAGUUCCGGAAAAAUCUCCAGAAUAUGAAGUCUCGUCACCAGCAUAUCGCAAAUGUCACUCGCAGUUUACCGACACUGCUGAUUACAGACGACCGGGUCGCAAUACAUGGAUGGAUGAGAGUGGUAUUUAUACCAAUACCCACUUUAAGCGGGAAGUUACCAAAGUUAAUGACCCUAUUCCUAAACAUUUUGCCUUGUAGACCCCUGCAUCCACAUAUCGCAUGGACUUGCAUCUAUUCCAAAUGAGGUAGUGUAAAUGUAGACCACCAAUGAAGAAUUCCUAAUGCCUGCUCUAGGAAUUCAAACUGAAAAAUAUUUUUUUGUACUCAGUUCUCCAGUAUAUUCUAAAAUAUACCAGCCAUAUAUAUAUACAGGCCAUCUACGGAAUUUGAAAAGCACACAUAGUUGACAUAUCUAUAUAUAGCUAAUACAAAUGCAAGAAAAAGUCAAAGUUUUACAAAAAUGAAAUGUGAAAACAAAACUUUUUUUUUUUUUUGCGAAACUAUCUGGAACUUUAUAAAAUAUGUUUUAGGUACAUUUUGAGCUCUUGUGAUUCCAAGUACAGCUGAAUAAAAAUCUCAAUCUUUUUAUGUCUGUUUGCAAUUGAUGUUUUGCAUUUUGAACUUAUCUGUAACUAUCUUAGCUGCAAUGAAUUGUAUGACAUUUGGAUUUUAACAGUAGUUCUGGGUAGUAUCAUGGUGGCAACUUGAAAACUUGGGAGAUAAAGGUUAAAAAAAAAUAUCUUUAGAUACCUGUAUUAGUAUUCAUUUUCAUAAAAAUUUAAUUAUACACAUUUUUGGGGGGUCACUACUGUCUUUCACUAUGCACAUCGUCACAUACAUACCCUUGAUUAGCAAACAAGCAAGACAGAAAGCUAAAACAGAGUCGUUAUUCACCAUCCUUGUUUCAAUAUUUUUGUAUGACAUGGCAAAAUCUUUCUCAUAAAGAUGACAAAACAACACUGAUGCUGAAAUAUAGAGGAUUUAAAAUUCAGCACCACGAAACAAAAUUAUGCCUGUUAUGACAACGCUUUUGCAACAUCUGUUCAGUUUGUUGUUUUUGCCUUUGUGUCCUCAAAAAAGAAUCAACUUCUGUCACUGUUGUUAUACGUGAUUUCAGGCUAGCCUUUUAUUGUGGAUGUGGAAAGUGACAAAAAUAUAUUCAUUAUAUAAGAACAAAAUGUUCAAGACCAACUGCCUGCCUGCUUAGAUUAGAUUUUGAGCAAUUUCACAAUGCACAACUGCAUGUUCAAAUAAUGAAAACAAGGAUUGGGGAAAAAAAUGGGUUAUGACAAAGGCGGACACAUUUUUACUUGUGGAUUGCUGAAGGCACUGCAGCACUAUUGAAUGAAGAUAAAUGCUGUUUAGUUUCUGCACAUAAACCCCUGUAAGCAAAGAAUAAAACCCACUUGUACAGAACUAUACAAUAAAUGAAAUUUGCAUGUGUUUCUUUUGUCUUAGACAAUGUUUGAAUAAAAUUACAAGGUGUU